UAUUUGUGCGCGCGCUUCCCAUCUCCUUCUACCUACCGUCCGAGGUCACGUACGAGUAAUCGAGCGCCGAGUCCUCGAUGGGACCGGCCCCUCCCCCGCCAUUUUACACUCGCGAGUAAGCGGCGCGGCAGGUACCGGCCCGGGUGAGCCCGGCCGCCCUGAACGGGGGAGGCGGGGGCUUGGGCCAGGCCGGGGAGCCAGGGCUGGAGCCUGCCGGCGGAGGGAGCAGGGCGUGACGCUGCUGUCUCCCUUGCCGGCCCCGAGCCGAGCCGAGCUGGGCCGGGGGGAAGGCGCCAUGGAGCCCGGCGGCGGGCGGAAGGAGAAACCCAAACCCAAGGAGCCCAUCAGCCGCGUGGAGAAGGCCAAGCAGAAAUCCGCCCAGCAGGAGCUGAAGCAGAGGCAGAGAGCGGAGAUCUACGCCCUGAACAGAGUGAUGACGGAGCUUGAACAGCAGCAGUUCGAUGCCUUCUGCAAGCAGAUGCAGGCUUCUGGAGAAUGAGACCCUCUGUCUGCCAUCCCAGGAUUGCCAGUGGCAUUUUAGACCAGGAAACAACAUGGAUGAGUGGUGGUCAGAGCUCAGUGUUCCCAGGCAUCUUUCUGCUGAACAUGGGCAAUAAUAAAAAAAACCAUACAGAACUGCACACUUGCAGAUAUAGAGGGGGUAGGAUCACUUGUACGGCAUGAACCUUGCUCCGCCUGCUCUUCAUUGUAAAUGCCUCAGACCCAUUGUCUGGAGUUUUCCCAGCAGCAGUGCAGAAUCCUCUGGUUCAUCCUUGUUAAGAUGGCACAUUUUUCAUUGUUUUAACACUGUCCUUCUUAAAAGUAUUUAUUACUUUGGUUUGACAAAUAAACAUUUUUUAAAAUAAAAA